AUGCAAGCUUUAGUUAAUUCCAGGGCUUCAGAAUGCUUCUUGGAUUUCGCUCUGGCUCAAGAACUCAACUUACCUAUUCUUAAAAAAAAGUCAUCAUUAACAGUUGAGAUAGUCGAUAGUCAGAAGUUUUCAUUAGGUGAGAAAGAAGCUUACAAGUUACCUAAAAACUGUCAAUAUGAUUGUGAAAUCAAGUUAUUACCUAACUCGCAACCUUCUUGGGGUCCCAUUAAUGAAUUGUCCACACAAAGAACUUGA